AGAAAAGUUGCAAGAAAAAAUGCCAGAAAAUCGGAGACAUCGCUAAAACAGCUGUGCAGUAUUCCUACGGAACCAUAACAUUCGUCACCUCGUCGCAAUGUGCUUCAAUAAGUUGUUCCUAAUAAACAAAAUCGCCCCGCGUUCGCCUGGCCCAAAGGUCAAGAGUCAGCAUAGACAAGUGUAAGAGCCGAAAACAACUAACGAACAAGUUAAUCAAAUUGUAAUCAAAGUGAAUACACACCAUAAUUGAGCUUUAAGCAGUUAAUAAUAUUCAAAUUAUAUGGAAAGUGGCACUUAAAAAUCUAGCAAAGCUCACACAACGCUCUCCGUGAAAGAGAAAUACUUAAAAUAAUAUUAAAAAACCAAUUCAACUAUAUUUUUCUAGAGGUGUUUAAAACAAAAACUAAUUCGCGAAUGAAAAGUCAAAUCUAAACAAAAAACAAAGUGAACAAAAAUUACUGCUCAGGUUUAAAUGUUAAUAACAAAAAGGCAACUUAAGCGUUGUGUUUCAUGUGCAAAAUCUUAAGGAAUAUCUAUACAAAAAAUAAACUCAUAUAUUUUUGGAAUAUAAUUACUAAAACCAAUCGUAAUAAUAAAUCUCGUAAGUCGUGCAACUUGUAUAAAAUAUAAACUAAUAUAAGCAGUGAAUAUAUAACUAUGAAAUCAAUUUGUUGACAAACAAAUUAAAGAUUAAACCUUAUACACACCUAAAUACGAUCAUCAAAUAUAUAUAUAUAUAUUCUUAUACAUAUUAUUCAACGAUUUUAAUCAAUCAAUACAUCAAUCAAUUCAACAAUCAAUCGAGGGAUAUACUUUAUUUUGCCUAAAAGAACUACUUCAAAGGAAUACCUACAAACAUACUCAGACGCUGCUGUGGAUCGGGAGAAGCAUAAAUCAGCAAACAAUAAACCAUCAAGUAUUAUUAGCAACUAAAACGAACUCAGACUAGGAAUCAGCCUCAGAACUCUCAGAACGAGAUCAUCAAACUUAACUUAACUCAACUCAACGCAACUCAGUCGAACUCAUCUCAUCGUGAACGGAAGUAGCCUCAACCAGAAUACAACAGAGACAAACGUAUAUAUUUAGACAUAUGGUAAUGAUCAAGCAACUGUGGGCAGGUAUAGGAACAACGCUAAGCUAAACGUAAGGACUAAGGACAACAAACAAACAAACAAAUUCUCUAGGAUACAAUAGCAUACAAGGAAAAACAUAAGCAAGAAACAUAAAAACAAAAACAGAAACAGAAAGAAAAGGAUAACUUUUUCAUGCAACUUUCAAGGCUGACAAAAACUAAUUUUUUGAUAAUCCAAAAGCAGAAGCGAACAAAUUACAAAAUACCACAACAACAGCAACAGCAAAAAGCGUUAAGAAGAAGAGACUGAUUUUAAAAAACAAAAGAGCAAGCAUCGGCAAGGAUAGAAAGCAGCAGAAGUGAGGCAAAAGUGAUUCAGGAUCAAAUCCAAAACAAACAAACAAACAAAAAACAAAACAAAACAAAACGCAACUUUCCAUACAACAUAUUUAGAUUAUAUCUAAGACAGAUUGAUAUUUUUGAGCGAUUAUCCCUAUUUUGAUAUAUCAUGUUGAAGAAACUCAAGUGCAUGGAGGCGGUCCAGGCAGCCGCAGCAGCGGCCACGUCUGGAGGAUCAUCUGGUAGUGGUUCCACUUCCAGUUCCACACCCAAACUAAUCAAGACCGAACCCAUUGACUUCGAGAUGCUGCAUCUGGAGGAAAGCGAGAGACAGCGCGACUUGGAGCGGGAGCCGCCGAGUAGUAGCAAUAGCAACAACUUGACCCCUCAGCGAUACACCCACGUUCAGGUGCAGACCGUUCCACCGCGCCAGCCCACUGGUCUGACCACCCCCGGUGGCACCCAGAAGGUCAUCUUGACUCCGCGAGUGGAGUAUGUCCAGCAGCGAGCAACCAGUUCCACGAGCGGCAGUGUCAAGCAUAUUUACAGCCAGCAACAGGUGGGUGGUGCAUCGCGACCUGCCCCACCCGAGACGACGGCUCUACUGACCACUACGUCGGGCACCCCUCAGAUCAUCAUUACCCGCACCCUGCCCUCCAGUCAGCACUUGUCGCGACGCCAUUCGGCCAGUCCCUCGGCCCUGCACCACUACCAGCAGCAACAGCAGCAGCCACAACGACAACAGCAAUCGCCGCCACCGCUGCACCACCAACAGCAGCAGCAGCAGCAUGUCCGCGUGAUCCGCGAUGGCCGCCUGUACGACGAAGCCACUGUAGUGGUUGCUGCUCGUCGCCAUUCGGUGUCGCCACCACCGUUGCACCACCACUCCAGAUCAGCGCCUGUAUCCCCGGUGAUCGCAAGGCGUGGUGGUGGUUCAGCCUAUUUGGAUCCGCAAUAUCAGCAAAGGCAGACGCCACCUCUGGCACCACCAGCGCCUCCUCCACCACCGCCACCUCCACCUCCGCCUCCCCAGCAACAGCAGCAGCAAUACAUCUCCAGUGGUGUUGCACCACCCACGGCAGCGGCUCGAAAAUUUGUGGUUAGUACCAGCACGCGACACGUAAACGUGAUUGCCUCCAACCACUUUCAGCAGCAACAUCAAUCGCAGCAGCAACAUCCGGCGCAUCAACAAAAUGUGAUCGCCAGUGUUAGUUCUAGUAGUGGCUCCUCGUCCUCGGGACCAGCCGGCUCUUCUUCUUCGCACAUCUUUCGCACGCCUGUCGUAUCUAGCAGCAGCAGCAGCAGCAGCGGCAACAGCAACAACAACAUUGCGCACAGCAGCAACAUGCACCAUCAGCAGCAACAGCAACAGCAACAGCAGCAAUCGAACCUGGGCAACACGGUGAUGCGGCCACCACCGCCACCGCCUCCGCCCAAGGUCAAACACGCCUCCAGCUCAAGCAGCAGCAACUCGAGCAGCAGCAACACCAACACCAGCAGCAGCAGCAAUGGCGAGGAGCCGUCUAGCUCGAUUCCUGAUCUAGAAUUCGAUGGCACAACGGUGCUGUGUCGCGUUUGCGGGGACAAGGCCUCCGGUUUCCAUUACGGCGUGCAUUCCUGCGAGGGUUGCAAGGGCUUCUUCCGUCGCUCCAUCCAGCAAAAGAUCCAAUAUCGUCCCUGCACCAAAAAUCAGCAGUGCAGCAUUCUGCGCAUCAAUCGCAAUCGCUGUCAAUAUUGCCGCCUGAAAAAGUGCAUUGCCGUGGGCAUGAGUCGCGAUGCUGUGCGUUUUGGACGCGUGCCGAAGCGCGAAAAGGCGCGUAUCCUGGCGGCCAUGCAACAGAGCACCCAGAAUCGUGGUCAGCAAAGAGCUCUUGCCACCGAACUGGAUGACCAGCCACGCCUCCUCGCCGCCGUGCUGCGCGCCCACCUCGAGACCUGCGAGUUCACCAAGGAGAAGGUCUCGGCGAUGAGGCAGCGGGCACGGGACUGCCCCUCUUACUCCAUGCCCACACUUUUGGCCUGUCCGCUGAACCCCGCCCCUGAACUGCAAUCGGAGCAGGAAUUCUCGCAGCGUUUUGCCCACGUAAUCCGCGGCGUUAUCGACUUUGCCGGCAUGAUUCCCGGCUUCCAGCUGCUCACCCAGGACGAUAAGUUCACGCUCCUGAAGGCGGGUCUCUUCGAUGCCCUGUUCGUGCGCCUGAUCUGCAUGUUUGACUCGUCGAUAAACUCAAUCAUUUGCCUGAAUGGCCAGGUGAUGCGACGGGAUGCCAUCCAGAAUGGAGCCAAUGCCCGCUUCUUGGUGGACUCCACCUUUAACUUUGCGGAGCGCAUGAACUCGAUGAACCUGACAGAUGCCGAGAUUGGCCUGUUCUGCGCCAUUGUUCUGAUCACGCCAGAUCGUCCCGGUCUGCGUAACCUGGAGCUGAUCGAGAAGAUGUACUCCCGGCUCAAGGGCUGCCUGCAGUAUAUUGUGGCCCAGAAUAGGCCCGAUCAGCCCGAGUUCCUGGCCAAGUUGCUGGAAACCAUGCCUGAUUUGCGCACCCUGAGCACCCUGCACACCGAGAAGCUGGUUGUUUUCCGCACCGAACACAAGGAACUGUUGCGUCAGCAAAUGUGGUCCAUGGAGGACGGUAACAACAGCGAUGGUCAGCAGAACAAGUCGCCUUCGGGCAGCUGGGCAGAUGCCAUGGAUGUGGAGGCAGCAAAGAGCCCCCUGGGCUCGGUCUCGAGUAGUGAAUCUGCUGAUUUGGAUUAUGGAAGUCCGAGCAGUUCGCAGCCACAGGGCGUGUCCCUGCCCUCACCACCACAGCAGCAGCCCUCGGCUUUGGCCAGUUCAGCUCCCCUGCUGGCCGCCACUCUCUCCGGCGGAUGCCCACUGAGAAAUAGGGCCAAUUCCGGUUCCAGCGGUGAUUCCGGAGCAGCUGACAUGGACAUCGUUGGCUCGCAUGCACAUCUCACCCAGAAUGGGCUGACAAUCACGCCGAUUGUGCGACACCACCAGCAGCAACAACAGCAGCAGCAACAGAUCGGAAUCCUCCCACUGAGCGACAAUGUCAACAACUCGCAUUCCCGCAACUUGAACGGCGGACAUGCCCUGUGCCACCACCAGCAGCACCCACAAUUGCACCACCAUUUGACAGCCGGUUCGGCCCGCUACAGGAAGUUGGACUCGCCCACGGAUUCGGGCAUUGAGUCGGGCAACGAGAAGAACGAAUGCAAAGCGGUGAGUUCCGGGGGCAGUUCCUCGUGCUCAAGUCCGCGUUCCAGUGUCGACGAUGCACUGGACUGCAGUGAUGCCGCCGCCAACCAAGCUCAGGUGGUGCAACAUCCCCAGUUGAGUGUGGUGGCUGUAUCGCCAGUUCGCUCGCCCCAACCCUCGAGCAGUGGCCAUCUCAAGCGGCAGAUUGUAGAGGAUAUGCCUGUACUGAAGCGCGUGCUCCAGGCUCCGCCACUUUAUGAUACCAACUCGCUGAUGGACGAGGCCUAUAAGCCACACAAGAAGUUCCGAGCCCUGCGGCAUCGUGAGUUCGAAACAGCUGAGGCUGAUGCCAGCAGUUCCACUUCCGGCUCGAACAGCCUGAGUGCCGGCAGUCCGCGGCAGAGCCCCAUUCCGAAUAGUGUGGCCACGCCCCCGCCUUCGGUGGUGGCCAGUGCCGCCCUAGGAAAUCCCGCCCAGAGCCAGCUGCACAUGCACCUGACCCGCAGCAGCCCGAAGGCCUCGAUGGCCAGCUCGCACUCGGUUUUGGCCAAAUCUCUGAUGGCCGAGCCCCGCAUGACGCCCGAGCAGAUGAAGCGCAGCGACAUUAUCCAGAACUACUUGAAGCGGGAGAACAGCACAGCUGCCAGCAGCACCACCAACGGGGUGGGCAACCGCAGUCCCAGCAGCUCGGUGAUCACCACCACCUGCCAGCAGCGCCAACAGUCCGUUUCGCCGCACAGCAAUGGCUCUAGCUCCAGUUCGAGCUCCAGCUCUAGCUCCAGUUCGUCCUCCUCCUCCACAUCCUCAAACUGCAGCUCCAGUUCGGCCAGCAGCUGCCAGUAUUUCCAGUCGCCGCACUCCACCAGCAACGGUACCAGUGCCCCGGCGAGCUCCAGUUCGGGCUCGAAUAAUGCCACACCCAUGCUGGAACUGCAGGUGGACAUCGCCGACUCGGCGCAGCCGCUCAAUCUGUCCAAGAAAUCGCCCACGCCGCCUCCCAGCAAGCUGCACGCUCUGGUGGCCGCCGCCAAUGCCGUUCAGCGGUAUCCCACUUUGUCCGCCGAUGUCACGGUGACCGCUUCGAAUGGCGGUGGUCCUCCAUCUGCGGCAGCAAGUCCGGCGCCCAGCAGCAGUCCGCCAGCGAGUGUGGGCUCCCCGAAUCCGGGCCUGAACACCACCGUGCACAAGGUCAUGCUGGAGGCGUAAGAGAGGGAGGUAGGUGGUUAAUCAAAGAGAAGUGGGAGAGACAGAGACUGGGAGUGGCAGUUCAGCGGGAAGCAGUGAGCAGUGAACAGUGAGCAGAAUGCAGGAUCACAAGGAUGAUCUCGUGGAUCGGCGGGAGUUGAAUUAAAUUAUUUUACCUUUUAAUUGAGCCGUGUACAAAGUUUCAAAGCAAAACCAACAUGCAUGCAAUUUAAAAACUAAUAUUUAAAGCAACAACAAACAAAACAAACUACAAGUUAUUAAUUUAAAACAAACAACAAAAAAACCCAAGCUUGAAUGGUAUUACAAAUGAAAAUGAAAAACAGAAAAAAAAACAUAAAUAUAUUUUAGCAGUUAAACUUUAACGUAGCAAGAAACCAACAACAACAACAACAACAACAAAAACAAAAACAAGGCAGCGCUCUGAUUUUGCAUUGACUUUUCUUCAGCUGCUACCCAAAACGCCCCUCACAACCCCCUUCUAUCCAGGCCCCCACUGAUUGUUUUAUAAGUUUUAAGCUCUUGUUGUACAUAUUAAUUACGUUUAUUAGUAACUAUGUUUAGCGCUUUAGUUGUAGGUGGAGCAAAACUACUUUGCUUUUUUGGAUGUUUUUUGAAAAAACUGCAAAUUAUUAUUAUUAAAUUUUUAAAUACCUAUAAAAACAAAAACAAACAAAAACAAAAACAAUGUGUGUGAAAUUUUUUUAUUGUGCGAUCUCCGAGCAGAAUUGAAGUGCAGUUUGCAACAAAUUUUAACUACGAUUAAGUUGAUAACGAUUCAUUUUUUAUGAAUUUAACUAAUUUUAUGAAUUUGUUAUAGUUUUCCACCCUUCUAUAUAUCCAUCUGUCUGUCUAUCUAGCUGUCUUGGCUAUCCGUAUUCCUGAUUUCUCCUUUGGCACAAAGCUCUUCUCUUUGCUAAAGAAUCAAGUGGAAUAAAUAUUGUUUUCUAAUUUUAAAAACUACCACAAACAAAAUACAAUUAAAAAGUAAACACGAAAUGAAUGAAAAUCAAACAAAAUGCUUCAAGUUUUAGCAGACAAAGCAGUAAGACGACGAUGAAGCAGAGGAACCCAACGUUAAAUAUAUCUGUUGUGUACAUAGUUAAAUGUUAAAUUAAACACAAAAAACAUAUUUAAAGUACAUAUAAAUACGCGUAAAUAUUAAUGAAGAGAAACCUAUGCUUAAAAGAUUCAACGUUUGAUUGGCAUCUUAGAAAACCAAGCGAAAAAUACAAAAAAAAAAACAAACAAACAAACAACAGAAAUUAUGAUAUAUUAUUUAAAAGUAAAGUAUACAUUUAUAUUACAGAAGAAAAGAAAACAAAAGAGAAAACUUGCGGUAGCAACAAAACUAUUAUAUUAAUUACAUUUUAAUUAUGCUGUACUAUUAUGAUUAUUAAUUAUUAUGAUUAAUUAAUUACGAUUUUUAUGCUUAGACAAACCAACAACAACAAAAAACAAAGAUGCAAAAACAACAAAAAAAAAUACAAAAAAACAAACAAAAAAUUACACUGGCGCAGAAAUUUGUAUUGUCAAAUCAAUAAAAAAUUUGUUUAAAAAUUUCAAAAAAAAACCUCUUAAGUUUUUUCAUUUUAAUUUUCUUUUUCAGUUGAACGAUUUUCAGUUUUUCUUUACUUUUCUUUGGAAUGGUAAGAUUUCAGGCUUCAGUUGAUUUCGUUUUCGUUUCGACUACCGUGUGCUGUAAAAAAUAUUCACAAAAUUAUAUCUAAAGUAUUUAUAUAUCAGAAUUAAAUCAACAACAAUUUUAUGUGUAUAAAUGAGCCACAAGGAAAAUGUGUAAAAAAAAGAAAAAAAAAUUAAGAAGCCCCAGUGCAGGGCAGGGGAAAAUCUACAAGAAAUAUUAUAUUCUUUUAAAAUUUAUGCAGCGUAAGGAAGCAGCGUUGGUUCCACCUGACGGAAAACCACGGGAAAUUAACAAAGAUAUCACACUUCAAUAAUUGACUCUAUAUAUACACACCAGCAUAUGUACGUAGAUGAAACGGUUUUGGUGUCUGUGUGUAUGUAUGUAUGUAGGUGUAUGUAACAUUGUCCGUAACUUUUAGCCAGAAAAAAACAACAAGAACAACAAGAAAACAUUGUAAUUGUGUAACUAAAAGUGAAUAUUUUAUGUAAAAACUAUCUCAGCAUGACCGAUGAUGAUGAUGAUGUAGGAGAUGAGUGUUUAUGAUCAUCACGAUGAUGAUGAUGAUGGUGAUGGAUAUUAUAGAGAAUAUCCAACCGAACGACGGCAGCGACAACUGAAACAAUGAAAUUGCGACAAUUAAGCGUAACGUAACGUAAAGUAUAUGUAAAACGUAUCCGUAAACAGCCGUAAGAGUUUAACGUAACGUAAUAGCAACUAAAACAUUGAAAAGAUUAAUGCAACUUCGAGGCAACUCCAGCUGAGGCAUAUGAAAUACCGUAUAAAUAAUAUCUAUUAAUAUAUAUAUAUACACAUGAAUAUAUUUUCAAGGACAGUCACAAAUCAAAUUGCGGCAAAAAAGAGUUUUUAAACAAGAGAAUUUGGCAAAAAUGGUAAAAAAAAAUGUGAAAAAUGAGACAGCGAUAAAGAAAGCGAAGAGAAAUGUUCUGAAAAUUGAUUAAAUCUCCAUAAAAAACAAAAAAAAAACAACAGAAAUUUGUAUUUGUGAAAUAACAUAAUAUUACAGUUUGUUUUAAAUGGAAACACAAUGAAAAACCCCCAGAAUGGAAUAUGUGAAUAAAAUAUUGAAAAUAAGUAUUUAAAAUAUAUCAACAAAAAUUAUGAAAAAG